AUGAUUGGUUUUGAUAGAAAUGUUGCAACAAAUAUAAUCACUGUAUAUGCAUUUGAAGACACACAUAACCAUCCACUUACUGAAUUUAAUGAAGAAAACAUCUGCUCUCCAAAUCAUUGUCUUAGUAUUUUUGAUCAAGAACUAAUUGUUAAAGCUUCAACGAUCAACAUUGGUGCCACAAAAGCACACAAGUUAAGAGCAUCAUUAAAGGGAGGAUAUGAUAAUUUGCCAGCAGCAAAGAAUGAUUUCAAAAACUUUUGGAGAGAUUAUACAAAUAUUGUUGGACCAAAUGAUGCUCAAUGUGUUGUAGACCAGUUGAUAAUUCACAGAGAUACUUAUAAAAAUUUCAAUUUUCAAUAUAAGUUGGAUGAUGAUGUGCUAAAUGCUAUGUUUUGGGUUGAUGAAACAAGAAGAGAUAACUACAAUAAGUUUUCUGAUGUUAUAUCAAUGGAUGCUACUUAUAGAACAAACAGGUACAAUAUGAUAUUUGUUCCUUUCACUACAAUAAACAAUCAUGACAAGACAAUCAACGUUGGAGCAGGACUAAUAUCAGAUGAAACAAUUGAAUCAUACUCUUGGUUAUUAGAAGCUUUUUUAUCAUCACAUAAGAAGAAACCAACAAUGAUUCUAUCAGACAUGGAUGCAGCAUUAUCUUGUUCAAUAGCAAAGGUGUUUGAAGGAUGUACUCACAGAUUAUGUAUGUGGCACAUAAUGUCAAAAAUACCAUCAAAGAUUGAAGCUGACUUAGUUUCAAAUACAGAUUUCAAGAAACGCAUAAAUCAACUAGUUUGGAAUAUGAAUAUUAAACCAUCAGAAUUUGAGAACAAAUGGGAUUUGAUGUUGAAUGAGUUUCAUUUGAAGGAAAAUAAAUGGUUGGCUGAUAUGUUCAACAAAAGAGAUAAAUGGAUUCCAUCCUAUUUCAGAGAUAUACCAAUGUGUGGACUUAUGAAGACUACAUCUCGAUCUGAACGUUCUAAUUCCCUUUUCAAUGUUUUCUCAAGUCCAACCAACUUACUUGUUAAUUUUAUGUUCAACUUUGACAAUGCACUUUCAAAGCAGCGUCAUGAACAAAAAAGAUUAGACAUUGCAUCAAGAGAUACUUCUCCACAACUGCUAUUUCCAAAUGAAAAUUUGAAAAUAGAAAAGCAUGCAUCAUUGGUAUACACUCGAGAAGCAUUCAUAAAAGUGCAAAAACAAAUAAAAAAGGCAUUCUAUCAGUGUUUUCAAAAAAAUUCGGUUUUGAUUGAUGGUCGUCAACAAUGCACAAUUGUAUACAAAGAACUAAAAUCAGGCAAGCGACCGGAAUUUAAGAUGGAGAAAGAACAUAGUGGAUAUUGGUUUUCAGAAGAUAAGCAAAAAAUGGAGAGUGUGCAGUACAGAAAUUACAAAUUCUUGCAUGAUGCAACUUCUUUUUUUGAGAAAUGCGUUGAAUCGGUUAUUCAUGACAAAGAAAAACUACAAGAAUUGGUGAACUCUCUUCAACAAUUAAGUGAAACAUGUGGAAAGGGUGUUUCUACAAGAUCAAGUUCAAUUCCAAUAAAAGAUGUGAUUGAAAAUAUCAUCGGAGUUCCAAUUUCAAGUGAUGUGAAAAUCAAAGUACCAAGUGAGAUAAAAACAAAAGGAAGUGGAAAGAGGAGUCGAAUCAAAAGUGCUGCAGAAAAAGCAAUAGCAAAAGCACUUAAACCAAAACGCAAAUGCAAAGGAUGCAACCAAUUCGUCAACCAUGAUAUAAGAAAUUGCCCAAUAAAUCCUUCAAAUGUGCUUAGGCCUUUCAAAAAACAUCAGUAA